AUGGAUCGCUAUCCAUCUCAGCCCCCUCCUAUCAGUCCCGAUGGCAAGGUCCCGCAUGUUAUGAUUGUGGGCGCUGGCCUCGCUGGGAUAUUUCUUGCCAUCUUGCUUGGACGCAUUGGAGUUCCAUAUGAGAUCUUUGAGCGAAGCAACGAGAUAAAGCCUAUUGGGGCCGUGAUGAGCUUAAACGCAAACAUCCUGCCUGCUUUCGAGCAGCUGGGAUUAUACGAGGACCUUUUGAAAAUCUCUUAUCCCAGCCGGGGAUUCAACGUCUACCAUGACAAUAUGGAUCUCAUUGCUGCGCUGGCCAUGGAAAAUGAACUGGAAUUGAUCGGAUAUCACUACGCCAUGUUUGCUCGACCCAAACUACAUGAGCUCCUCUUGUCGCGUGUGCCAAAGGAGCGAAUCCACUUGAGCAAGAAAGUCAUGUCGAUUAUCCAGAACAAGGAUGGCGUGAUGAUCAGGUGUAGCGAUGGCACAACCUACCACGGUGAUAUCCUCGUCGGUGCCGAUGGCGCCUACUCUGGUGUCCGCCAGAGUCUCUACAAGACGCUGCAAGCAGAAAACGAGCUGCCUAAAUCCGACACGGAGUCGCUGAACAAAGGCUUUAUGUGUCUGGUUGGAACCACGAGCUCACUGGAUAGCGGACGAUACAAGGUGUUGAGUGAAAAGGAUUCGAAAGUGUAUCAAGUCAUCGGAAACGGGACCCAGUACUCGUGGAGUGCCGCAAAUGUCCCAGGCAACAAGAUUUGCUGGAACGUCGUUGUGCAACUAUCGUCGGCAUCGCAGGCGGAGGACGAAAGGUUCAGGAACUCCGAGUGGGGACCUGACUCGAAUGAGGCCAUGAUCAAGGAAGUCAGAGGUUUUUUGGUACCCAUUGGAGGAACAAUGGGGGACCUCAUCGACGCCACGCCCAAGGAGACCAUCUCGCGUGUUUAUCUCGAGGAUAAGGUCUUCGAAACUUGGUCUCAUAAACGAACAGUGUUGAUCGGCGAUGCCUGCCAUAAGUUGCUCCCAAGUGCGGGGCAAGGCGCGGUUAACGCGUUGCAAGAUGCGGUGAUAUUGGCGAAUUGCAUCUACGACCUGAAAUCGACAUCGCAGGAAGACGUUUCUGCGGCAUUCAAAGAGUUUAAGCAACAGCGCUAUCCACAUGUCAUUGAGCAAUACGAGGCGAGCAAGAUGAACGCCAAGAUCAUCUACGGUCAGACCCUGAUCGAGCGCUUUAUCAGAAACGUGGUGCUCAACUACAUGCCUAAGUCUGUGCAAAUGAAGAACACGACAAAGAACUUGGCGUAUCGUCCCCAAGCCACGUUCCUGCCCCUGGCGCCUCAAAGAGGCACAAGUCCUGUUCUACCUCAGACACCCUCAAGGCGAUGCAAACAGGAGACGGAAGGAAAUGCUGGACGCAAUUCAGUUACAGCGGUGUAG